GCAGCGAUAUGACAUGGUCGUCCACACUUGCGGCUCGUUCGUUAUCCGCCGGUCAAGCCACGUGGCACCGAUCGGAAUUCUUUGCUUGUGAUUUUUUCAAACGAACCUCGACACCUGUCAUGCACCAUGACUAGCCCGCUCAACGCUCUCUCCGCACCGCUCUUCUUCCCUGGCAACGAGCCAUUACCGCCGGGGGUCCUACCAGAAGAAGUGGACGCCUGGCGACAGGCUCAAGUCUACCAAAAAUGGAUAGGCUAUAUACCCGAAUCAUGUCCAUUCAAGCUGGCAAUCAGUGGAGCGAUGGGCUUUGGUCUAGGAGGUUUCUUCUCCCUUAUGCAGGCCACAUUUGCCUAUGAAGAUCCGUUAUCAAGAGCAUCGGGUAAACUCGCCAAUGCAACGUUGGGCACCCAAGCCAAAGUCGUCUUCAGGGAUAUGGGCAGGAAUAUGUGGUCCAGCGGUAGAGGUUUCGCAAAAGUCGGUGCGCUGUACGCAGGGACAGAGUGUAUCAUCGAGGGAUAUCGUGCCAAAAACGACAUCACCAACGCCGUGUCCGCUGGCUUUGUCUCGGGUGCUGUACUGGCACGUAACUCUGGUCCGAAGGCUAUGCUGGGAGGAGGUGCAGCUUUCGCAGCGUUUUCGUAUGCUAUCGAUUGGUACAUGAGGAAGCCGCCAGCCGAGGAGAUGUAGACGUGGAUCUGUUGUACACUACACAUUGACGACGCAUCAUGCAUGAUCUGACUGCACCUGUGCGAAUGCUUUUCAACACCUGGCUGACUGGAGGCGGCACAUCACACUCUUUGCCUUGUCGCCACAGAUGGGAUGGGAUUCGGAUGAGACCGGACGGAAUCAAAAGUUUCGAUUGAGAAAAAUGGAAAAGGAAAAAGUCCAGGA